CAUCAGAUACACAGAAGUCAUUGGUGAACAACAUCAUCUUCUUAUUCGCCUGGAGCUUUUACAGCUUUAGACUUUAGAGCGUGAUGUUGCACAACACUGUUUGAGCCCGGUUGCGCAGGCGUGAGAGGCCGGCGCAAUAAAAGUGUAAUAAAUGAAGGGCCAGAUCCCUGCCAGAGCUGGACCUGUCUGUGAGCCUCGCUGAGAGCACAGGAGACCGGGCCAGGACGCUGCACCACACCGAGACAUGUCCACCCAGGCCGGGGCACAGAGGCCAGCCCCCGCGGGGACGGGGCGCUUCAUCAGCGGGGUGGUGGAAGGUUUUUAUGGGCGACCAUGGACUAUGGAACAAAGAACAGAGCUAUUUAAAAGGGAGCAGCGGUGGGGUCUGAACACGUACCUGUAUGCUCCCAAGGAUGACUACAAACACAGGAUGUACUGGAGAGACCUGUACUCUCCCGAGGAGGCAGAACAACUGAUCGCCCUGAUUUCAGCAGCCAAACAGCACAAUGUGGAGUUUGUCUAUGCCAUCUCUCCCGGCCUGGACAUAACAUUUUCCAACCCCAAGGAAGUAACUGCUCUGAAGAGGAAGCUCGAGCAGGUGAAGGAGUUUGGCUGCAGGUCGUUCUCUUUGCUCUUUGACGACAUUGAGACGGAGAUGUGUCCAGCGGAUAAGGAGGCCUUCAGCACCUUCGCUCACGCCCAGGUGGCCAUCACCAACCAGGUGUACCAGCACCUGGGAGAGCCCGAGGUCUUCCUCUUCUGUCCUACAGAUUACUGCGCUGCGUUCUGCACCCCCAACGUGUUGCAGUCCUCGUACCUGCACACCGUGGGAGAGCAGCUCCUGCCUGGCAUUGAUAUUCUGUGGACUGGUCCAAAAGUGGUGUCCCACAAAAUCUCUGUUGAAUCGAUCGAGGAGGUGUCCUCCGUCCUGAAGAGAGCUCCGGUCAUCUGGGACAAUAUUCAUGCCAAUGAUUAUGAUCCCCAGAGGCUUUUCCUGGGACCGUUUAAGGAUCGACCCACUGAGCUGAUCCCCAGGCUGAAAGGAGUGCUCACAAACCCCAACUGCGAGUUUUACCCAAACUUUGUGGCCAUCCACACUUUGGCAACAUGGUGCAAUUCAUCUGCUGGAGGAGGAUCAAGAGAUGUGGAAAUGGGUGAUGAAGCCCAGGACCCCGGCUACAGCCCCCACAAAGCCCUGAUGCUGGCCCUCUCUGACUGGCUGCAGGAGCUGAUGUCUACAGAUCACCCAGGAGGUCAGUGUCGUCCAGCUCGUCUUAAGAAAGAGUCUUCAGACGAGGAGCCUAUGCAGACUGACAUGAGUGACGGUCCCUAUAAUCCCGGUCCGGGGGAAAACCCCUUGUACACAGCGGAGCUUCCCACUCUGGACGAUCUGAAGCUGCUGUCAGACCUGUUUUACCUGCCCUACGAGCACGGCGCCACAGCUAGAACCAUGCUGCAGCAGCUGGACUGGCUCAAAGAACACAGUCAGGCUGCUGCUGCACACACAGAUGAGACGGCGGAGUGGCACUCAAGAGCACAGCAGUUUGACGACAUGUGUGAUGCCGUGGUUCAGAUGUUCAACCGUCUGUCAAACGUUCCCAACCGCAGCAUUCUCUAUGACCUGUACAACUACAUCUGUGACAUCAAGAGCGGGGUCGGGCUGGCCCGGGCCUAUGUGAAAACUCUGGGAGGACAGGGCCAACCCUCUGCUCAGGUGAUGAAUGAGGAUCCUGAACCCUGGGGGUUCAGAGGAGGCCUGUCCGGAGAGUUUCAGAGGAUGCUGCCAGGACAUGGAAACAGGGACCUGUUCAAACACCCUCCCAUGACAGCCGUAUACUCCAUCCGGCCGUACUGCAGCGAGGACAAGCUUGAGGUGCAGAGGAUCUUUGAGGAGAUGCAGAGAGGAGAGGUCAGAGCCCCUCAGGUGUCACAGCCUCCGCUUAUCAGUGAUGCCCUCUCAGCGGGGGAACUCUCCCCUUCCUCUCAGUGUGCUCUUGUUGUGGAGGAUGAGAUUGGAGUAUGCGGUUAUGCAUUUGCACUCACUGAUGCCAAACUUCCUGCAGCAAAGUUUCAGAGAGCAGUGAGUGACUUGGUGCUGGAGGAGUUUCCCUCUCUGGUCGUUGUGCAAGUGCUUCCCCGCGUCACUGACCCGUCUCCAGCCAAGCGGAUGGUGGGUCAGCUGUUGUCCUCCGUCAGGAGCAGCGGGUCCAGAGGAGUGUUUUGUGAGUUGAGGCUAAGUAACCGGAGAAUGCUCGAUUUCUUCUCUAAACUGGGCUCCUUUAAACCCUUACACAUGGACACUGCACCUCAAGACGUCCUCGUCAUGGCAACAAGCCUGUGAAUGGACUUUUUUUCUUCUCAGGGCUGAAACAUGAAACAUGAUAUGGCGAAUACUCGCUAAUUUUAAAGCAUGUGAAGGAGAUCUUACCAGUUUUGUCAGUUUUCUUUGUUUGUAUUCCAUAAUCUGCGUGAUCCGGUGGGGAGGUUAAACAAUAGUCGUUGAAAUUCUCAUUUUAAAUGCAAAAUAAUCGGAAAGUUUGUAAUGUUUCCAAACUGAUUUCAUAGACGUGACACUGUAAAAAGUGUAGCGUUCCUCAUGUUUUCUUUGUUGCUUUAAGCCAGUCCAAAUAAAUGAAUAUGCAGCUUUUGUUGCAUGUGACAGAUCUAUGUUUGUAUACUCCGUCUCAACAAGAUGAUUAAACUUUAAAAGUGGA